AAAAUCAAGAACAAAAACGAUAACAAGCAAAAGCAACCCAAGCAUCCAAAAACAACCAAAAAGAAAAAGAAAACCCAAUCAAGAUGAAUUCAUUCCGUCCUGUCAUCCAACGUGCAACCAUUGCUGCCAUGCGAAGGGCUCAAUCCACUGCCGCGGGACCUGCGCAAGGAGUGCACAAUCUGUCUCCGCAAAGUGCUGUCCCACCUCAGCUGAGGGCCAACUUGGACAAGGGAUUCAAGGCCAACUGGCUCAGUGAUCCAUCCACAUACCCCAUCAUUGUGAUUAUGGGAUGUGCUUUGACUUUCAUGACAGGAAUGGGCUUGCACGCCUUGACAUACUACAAGGAUCUCCGCAUUUCUCCAUCUGCGAAGCACACAGAAAUGCAGACAUGGGGAAGUGAAAAGGUCACCCCUGUUGUAGCAGUGGUUGGUACAAGAAACCCCUACUAUGCUGUUGCAUACCAUGAAGGACUUGGUGUGGACCAUGAGGAAUGGUUGAAGCAGAAGGCUGCUGCUGACCGUUCCCAAUAAGCUUAGGUUGCAUCUUUUCUUGUUGCUUGCUUGACGCGAGAGGAGCUUUUCUGUUGCCACAAUCAACACGAUGAAUAAUAUGAGAAACAUGGAGAAAUGAAUAGGACUAAGAUAACGACACAUAAAUAUAUCAAGAAGAAAAC